UUUCUAUUCAUCUGUCUACAAAAUGGAUCCACGUCGUCGCUCUCGCUGCCAAAACCUUUAAAUUGUUUUCUUUUUGGUGAUUGAAAGCCUUUAAUUUGUUACAACUUCUAACCAAGCGCGAACUUUUUGCUGGCUUGCCCGAGCGAGAGGUUCCCCUCGCUUCCUAAAAAUUAACAUGGCCGCGCGAUUCUUGUUGCGCUCCCAACUGAAGCUCGCCGCGGCCUCCACCGCCGUUCUCGGCGGCGCCGCAGCGGCAACCGUCGCCACCUCCGACGAUCCUUCCAAGGUUUUGAAGCUCUGCACCGCCGUUCCCCUCCGUCUUGUUCGCGACUCCAUUACAGCCGCCAACAUCGCCUUCGACUAUGAAUAUUCUCUUUGGGGAUUGCCUGAAGGAAGCAAUGAGAGGUCCAAAAUUAAACAUGAAGUUCAUCUCAGGUCUGCACUUAAACUUCAAGAAUUAUGUUUCAAAAAUGGAGGAAUAUAUAUCAAGCUUGGUCAACAUAUUGGGCAGCUGGAAUACUUAGUACCUCAAGAGUAUGUCCAGACUAUGAGGGAGUCUAUGCUGAAUAAAUGUCCAGUUUCUUCAUAUGAUCAAGUUUGUGAAGUGUUCAAGAAAGAGCUUGGAGAGACACCAGAAAAGAUUUUUUCUGAAUUUGAUCCUGUUCCAAUAGCAAGUGCUUCACUUGCACAAGUUCAUGUUGCUCGCACACAUGAUGGCCAGAAAGUUGCUGUGAAGGUUCAGCACACCCACAUGACAGAUACUGCCGCUGCAGAUCAAGCCUCCGUGGAAUUAAUUGUGAACACACUGCAUCGGUUUUUCCCUUCUUUUGAUUAUAGAUGGUUAGUUGAUGAAAUAGCUGAAAGUUUACCAAAGGAACUAGAUUUCUUGGUUGAAGCCAAAAACAGUGAGAAAUGCUUGGAUAAUUUUCAGAAGCUAUCUCCACAUAUUGCACACUACAUAUAUGCACCAAAGAUUCAUUGGAACCUUAGUACCACAAAGUUGUUAACCAUGGAAUAUAUAGAUGGAGUCCAAGUAAAUGAUCUGAAGAGCAUUCGAAGACUUGGAGUGCAGCCAAAUGAAGUUGCAAGAUUAGUUAGUCAAGCUUUUGCUGAAAUGAUGUUCAGACAUGGAUUUGUGCAUUGUGACCCACAUGCUGCAAACUUGCUAGUUCGGCCAUUGCCUUCUAGCCGAAAGACCAUUCUAGGCAAAAGAAAACCACAGUUGAUUCUUCUGGACCAUGGCCUGUAUAAAGAUCUUGACUUCCAAACGAGAACUAACUAUGCUGCACUCUGGAAGGGACUGGUGUUUGCUGAUGCUAAAGCAAUAAAGGAAAAUAGUGUGAAACUGGGUGCAGGGGAGGAUCUAUAUGCAUUAUUCGCAGGAAUUCUUACUAUGAGACCAUGGAAUAGAGUAAUUGAUACAUCUGUUGAUCACUUGGUCAUACAGGGCAAUGAGAGUGACCGUUCAGAGCUACAGAUGUAUGCUUCUCAGUAUUUCCCUCAAAUUUCAGAGCUUUUAAGGAGGCUUCCACGUGUAAUUCUUUUGAUGCUGAAGACAAAUGAUUGUUUAAGAUCAGUUAACAAUUCUCUGUUGCAGAGAUCUUCUAUGGAGACAUUCUACAUCAUUGGAAGGGUUUCUUCUGAAGCACUCAUUGAAGCAAAACUAUUACAAAGGAAAUCAUUCUUAACUUGGUUGAGUGUCUGGUUGGACGAAAUCUUGUUGGAAGCUCGACUUCUCGCAAUGCAGGUUGCCUUGUGGCUUUUACGAACAAGGAAAACUUUGAAUUUGUGAAACUGAAGAAAGAUCAUGCAAGAUUCUUGAAUAACAAUGAUAUUCUUUCGGUUUGACCCAAAAGUGGGCUUGAACAUUCUUAGUCUGCAUAACUCAAGGUCUCCCGGUUAACAUGCUGGGAGUUUGAUGAUUGAUAGGAUCAGAUUGAUUUUUUAAGAUUCAAUAAAUAAAUGAUGCAUGUUUGUUCUUGUUUCUCAGAAACACAGAAAUGUAGCCAUGUAAACUAGGACCUCAUCAGUGUUGUAAAACCCCUUUCGAUGGGCAAAGUAAUAGACUCAAAGAAAAAUAUACCCAUAUGGAGUGAAACAGAUUUUUGAAAAAUUUUGUAAGUGAUUCAUUCUUUCACAGAUUAUUUUGUGUUAGAAGUGAUUAUUUUUCUGCA